AUGGCUCCUCCACUUCUCUCCUCCUUCCUUUUCUUUCUUACGUGUUUUUUCUUCAACGUCCACUCCUCCACUGCCUCGCCAAUCCAUUACAAAGGCCACUGUGCUUCUAUAGUCCCUGAGGCAAAUGUCCGAUAUUACAGGUCAAGGUUUAUCUCCGUCGAUCAUCAUUUACAGACAGCUUAUUUCACCGGAGCCGAUAGAUUUCUCGGCGCUAAUCCUUAUUCUCAGAAAAACUCAAUCUUUCUCCGGCUUGGGCGCUUCAGAGAGACUGAUGUCGCUGGCUUGUUCAAAGUCAGAGGAUCCAUAUCAAUUACAAGCAUCAGUCCCUAUUACCAUGUUGGAAAUUUCAGCUAUGGUCGCUCGUCGUAUUAUAGACGUCGUCGUAGUUCUGUGACAAUAAUGCUUGAUGGGUUCUGGUCUGAGUCCACGGGGAAGAUCUGUAUGGUUGGUUCAGGCAGUGAUUAUUCGAGAAGAGGUAAGACUCUUGAUAUAGAUGUUGUUUUAAAGCUCAGCAAUGUCUUCAGUUCAAGUAAUAUCAGUAGUUUGGUUAGUGGAAGCUUGGAUAGAUUGAAGAGGGGAAGAUUUGAUUUUGAAACAUAUCCUGUGCUUAUGAUUCCACGAUUCAACUAUGAGUUUACCUUGGAUUCUGCAGAAUCGAAAAAUGAGUUUUCGCAUGUUGGGAUGGAUGGUGAUGGUGAGAAGGGCUUACCAGAAAAUAACAUAGACAUGAAAUUUUUCUGCUCAUCUCGUGUUUGGGCAUCAAUUAGGCAGCUUAAUUUGGAGUACUCUGGCGACUGCAAUACUCAAGAGAAUUGUACUCCAUUUAGUGGGAUUCCUGGGUUUUUACCACCUUCUAUAUCUUUGACUCUAAUUGAAUGUACUUUCACCAAGAAGAAACAGUUGAGGAUUUUGAUAAAUUUUGGUAAUCAUAGUUAUGAAGAUUAUGGUGCCAAUGUUUUCAAUCCCAAAACCACGUUAGUAGGAGAAGGUUGGUGGGAUGAAAAGAAGAAUCAUUUGAACGUAGUGGCUUGUCAUUUUCUAGGCUUGCCAUCUUCAUCCUUCUCUAGUGUUCAUGUGGGCGAUUGCUCAGUAAGAUUAAAACUAAGAUUCCCAUCUAUUUGGUCAAUCAAAGACACCAGUACCGUUGUGGGGCAGAUAUGGAGCAACAAAACUGUGAAAGACCCUGAUUUCUUCAAGGGAGUGACUUUCAGAAACGAAGAUGAUCAGAAUGUAAAUGUUCAAGCCUUAGAGUACGAGUAUACCCAGCAAGACACAGUCAAAAGCUUGUGCCCAAGACCCAAUGUCAGCAAUAAGGGAAGAAGGUAUCCAAAUCCAUAUUCCUAUAACAUGCAAUUUGAUAUGUCAGUUAGAGAUUCCAUCAGAAAAGUAGCCCAGGGUAACUCAGCUCCUUUAUCUGUUGGUGAUCAGUUCUAUGACUUGGUACUUUCUACAAAAUCGGCUACAGGCAACUUUAUCACAAGUGGCUUGUUUAACAUUAGCUACAAAAUCAGAAUGUCAUUGUCUGAUAAUGGAACAUUAAGGGACAAAAAAUCUUUGUUCAGUAUGUACAAUGAGGCUGUGACGAUUUCUGCAGAAGGAGUUUAUGAUGCAGGAGCAGGAAGUUUAUGUAUGGUUGGCUGCAGAAUUCUUCCCCCAUCAAAUAAUGUGAUUCCAAUGUCUCGUUCUGUGGAUUGUGAGAUUCUGGUGAAGUUUCGCUUCCCACCACUACACCUGAGGUCUGCAGGCUACAUUGUGGGAAGCAUAGAAAGCACGCGCAAUAAAUCAGAUCCUCUUCACUUCAAUAGUCUGGGCCUAAGUUCUGCUGCAAUUUACAAGGAGGUAGCAAGAGAAACUGUUGAGAGAAUGGAUAUGGAGAUCAUCAUGGUUCUGAUAUCCGCCACUGUACAUUGUGUUCUUGUGGGAUUCCAGCUCUGUCAUGUGAAGAAGAACCCUCAAGUCCUUCCCUUCAUCUCACUUACCAUGCUCUCAAUUCUCACUUUGUCCCACAUGAUCCCUCUUGUUCUGAACUUUGAAGCUCUCAUAUCUCAAAAUCACAAUGCUAAAAACUUCGUUCUUUCAAGUGUUGCAUGGCUUGAAUCUAAUGAAAUAAUAGUUAGGCUAAUUACUAUGGUAGCCUUCUUGAUGCAAUUUCGUCUCCUUCAGCUUACCUGGUCUGCAAGAAACAGCACUGAUGACGUCACUCAGGACAGCCUCUGGAUUGCUGAGAAAGAGGCUAUGUAUGUGACUUUACCAUCAUAUGCAGUUGGCUUCCUCAUUGCAAUGCUAAAGGGCAAGGGCAAAAAUAAUCAUUAUUUGGCGGCAGCGUCUUCAAAUUACCAGCAAACUUCAUCUUGGGAGGUUUUGAAAUCUUAUGGAGGAUUGGUAAAUGAUGGCUUUCUCUUGCCUCAGAUCCUGAUGAACAUGCUCUCAAAUAUGAAAAAGGACGCACUUUGUGGUAUAUUUUACCUUGGAACUAGUUUUCUGAGGAUACUACCACAUGUUUAUGAUCUUUACAGGACUUCUCAGUAUGAUAGGCAAUAUAGUGGAUCUUAUUUGUAUGCUGAUCCAAGUGCAGAUUUUUACUCCACUGCUUGGGACUUGGCUAUUAUUGUGGGAUGCCACCUAUUUGUUCUCGUUAUCUACUUGCAGCAACGUUUUGGUGGUUCUUUUAUUCUUCCUUCCAGAUUUAGAGGGUCUGAUACAUAUGAAAUGGUGCCUACAGGGACGCAAGAAGCUGAAGAAGUUGAGGUAGAAGAAGGUACGCCCAAAAUUUAG